UUUUACUGAUAGUUUGUAGAGCUCACGGAACGGUUGUACCCCUGAUCUAACAAAACCUGAAGAAUUUCCGAAAUGGAAAGCAAAAAUAUAGAAUUUAAUGAAGACGAACUUCAGGCGCCAGCUUGGCUAAAUGCUCAGUUUAUCGGUGGAAUUCUGAGCGAGUAUGAGCAACUCCCGGAUCUUAAAGUAACCGAUCUGCAGGUUUCACCUGCAACUGCCCAGGGAGAUCACUAUGCCAGCAUUAUGUUCCGCACCAAAGUGGAGUACACAACUCCGAAGGGAAAGUUCUCCAAGCCGCUGAUCAUCAAAACGAUGCCGGAGCAGGAAGGACAUAAAAAGGACAUGCUGGCCGAAUCGCAUUUAUUCGCAACGGAAAUCGGAAUGUACUGCCAUGCUCUUCCAGAAUUCGAAAGGAUUCUCCGAGAAGCAGGGGAUAAUACCAAACUGUACGUGCCCUGUAUUUAUCACAGUCUGAUGCCGCGGCAAGUGAUGGUAUUCGAGGAUCUGGUUGCACAAGGAUACACCGUCAUCCGCGAUAGUCCUCCCUCACUGGGGGAUCUGAAAUUGGCCUUCGACAAGCUGGCCAAGUGGCAUGCGGUCAGCAUGAAAGUCAUCAAUGAGCAACCAACUUUCCUAAAGGAAUUCCAGUAUGGCCUGUUCGAAAUGCCCACUAUUGAUACUGAUCCUUUUGUAACAACUGGCAUGGCAAGCUUUAUUAAAAUGCUGGACCAAACUCCGGAGCUAAGGAAGUAUAAGCCUCACUUCGAAAAAAUUAAAGACAAUUACCUUCAACGCCUGAAGGUUGAGAUGCAUGAAUAUCACAAGUAUCGGCGGAACGAUCGCUACUACGUCCUGUGUCACGGUGACUUCCAUCUUCGGAAUAUGAUGUAGGAGUUGGGAGCCUUCGAUGACGUGAUGCUGGUGGACUUCCAGUUCAGCAAUCUGUGUCCCAUUACAGUGGACUUGACCUACUCCAUCUAUAUGCUGAUGGAGCCGGAACAGCGCUGGGAAAUGGGAAAGGACCUGAUCAAUGGAUAUUUCUCGGUUUUGGUCGCCACCCUCAGGAAAAUUGGAUACAAGGGUAAUAUGCCUACCCAAAGUGAAUUGUGGGUGCAAAUACAGAAUAACAAGUAUUUUGAUUUCUUUUUGAUAAGCACCCUUCUUCCUCUGAUGGUGGGCGUAAAAUCAAACGAUUUAAAAAUGCAUGAAGGUAUCCAAGACCCUGAGGCCCGACAGAAGUCCUACUUCCUAGACACCUAUGUUAAAGAUGUAUCUAAGCUUUUGCCGAAAUUCGAACAAUUAGGAUACUUUAAUAAUCUAUGAUUAAAUCCCCUAAUCUAAGCUUUGCGUCUGAUUUAUGUAAUAGUAGUACCAUGUAAUAAUCAGCACUUCAGAUUAAAAUGUAAAAUGCAUACGAGUAAAGAGUAACACUAUCGUUGCUUAACUAAGAAUUGAUUCUGAUGUUUGCACAAAACUCAUCACUAUCAGUUAUUAUAUUUUUUAGUACUAAUUGUAAAAUGUUCUUAAGUGGCAA